UUCCGUCAAGUUCUUUAUAAAUAUUGUAUGAAUGUUGUUUGUUGGUUUGUCGCUUUACUGUUUGUCAAUCAAGUACGAGAUAAAUUUAAGUGUUUCAGGUUUAAUUUGACUCGCAGAAUGGAGCAUUUUAAAACCGAUGCAAGCGCGUUAGUUUACUUGAAGACAAGAAAGUCCAUUUGAGACGAACGGAACUUACCAGAAAGUGAAAUUAUGUCCGAGUUUGAAGUUCACUAUCCGUUCUGCGCACGCGCUGAGGUAUUUAGGGAGGCACAAGGUCAGCGUUUUACGUCACCUAAGCUCAUUGUUUUGCUUUUCAGAACAUUAAACUCAAAUGUUAAAUUUAUGGCUCGAGGAUAGAUAAGCUUUUAAACUCGACCAGAAGUGCUUCAGGCGUUUGCCACAGUGCGCUCGUGACUCGAUCAACUUUUCUCUGUUAGUCGCUGUUAUCGACUGUGAAUAUUGCCAAAGGUCUUCGUUGUAACAACUUUGUAAGUUUUUCGUCAUUGGCAGUCUCGUAACGAUAAAACUUGUCUAACGUACCUGGGGAGUCCUCAAACGAUUGAUAAUGCGGUUUAUACCGUUGAUACUGCUUCACUUUCUCUGCUUCAACCCAGUUCACGCUCACUACUUCAAGAAUGACAGCGACCAAGCGAAUUGUCGCUGGCCUCUUGGGUUGGCGAGCGGGGAGAUUCAGAACGUACAAAUCACAGCCCAAUCGGUCUUCGAGAAUGACUUCUCAACGUUUGGACCACAUCGCGCCCGUCUCAACCUAUCUAGCUGGCCGCCCGGUUACAGAGCCGACCCAAACCAGAGCAAUGGUUGGAUUAAAGUUGAAAUGGGAAAGAAAAUGGUGAUAACUGCCAUCGCCACACAAGGAUACGGCGAUCCGGCGGUCUCUGAGUGGAUGCAGCAGUAUAUGGUGAUGUAUUCAAACGGCGGGGAUUACUCGUAUUUUAAAGACUUGGAAGGUAAUCUUCAGAUGUUUACGGGAAACAAGGACAGUAAUACAAUUCAGCGAAACGAGGUGCCUCUUCCCACUGUGGUCACUACAAUUAUGAUGAUGGCAGCAUCAUCUCAUAACAACUUUGCAGUGAGGAUGGAGUUAUUUGGCUGUGAGCCAGGUUACUAUUUCGUCGUUUGGCUUAUGCUGAUGGAAUUCAGCUUCACUACCACAUACCUAGAUAGUCAAAAAGCAGAAUAUCAAGUCAUAGCCGAUGACGUCAUGUUUGAGGUUAAAGAUGUUCUAGAAAGAAUUCCUGGAUUCUUGUCCUCUAGUCUACUGCGGUUCAGUCCACAGACGUCUGGCGCUGAAACAAAGCUAACAGCAGAGCUAAGAGUUGGAUGCAUUGAAGCUAGUGUACACGACAUCACAGCAGCUCUCACAAGCUCCUUAGAAGCUAAUGAAGGGUUGUUCGACCCACAUUACGUCAAACUGCAAUAUCCUUUGGACUUUCUUUGUCGGCCGCCAGAGGUACACGUACACCUCAACAAGACACACGUAAACGCGACAACAAUCUCAACAGUAGAUAUGUUUGUGAUCGUUGGAAAAGUCACCAAACAUUGCAAUACUUCAUCCUUAAUGGUACUGUCCUGGGAAAGCAGUGAGGCGUCUGAGCAAAACGGAGCUUUCUCCGUUAGCCAAACUCUUGAUGUGGGUUCUGAAAACCUCACAAUUACUCCAAAGAGGCUGUCGCCAGGUCUAUACUACGUAAGAUUAUUCGCCGAAAUGAACAAAGAGGAAGGAGCGAUAAAUUACGACUACGGUUUCCUUAAGGUGGUGUUACCGGACCUCGUUGCUAAGAUACGAGGAGUUAGCAAAGCGGUCAAGGGUACUGGAACGAUAAUUUUAGACGCUACAGAUUCCUAUGACCCUAAUGAACCCACCCUGAAGGACCAGGGCAUUGUAUUUACGUGGCUUUGCCGAAGAGAGGACGAAGAUUUCUCGAACAUGGAGUCGCUUCCGAUCGACCAUUCCUACGGACGAGAGAGGAUUCUGGGAGGCUGCUUCGGUUAUGGUGUCGGCGAGCUGAAUCAUACGGGACCUACAGUCAAGAUUAACAUAAACAAAAUGAUCUCGCAGAAUACCUAUGUGUUUAUGGUUAUCGUUCAGAAAGAAAACAGAAGCUCUACUGCUAAUCACACGCUAAGGGUUGAGUCUUCUAUUUCAUUUUCUAUCAGAUGCAAAAUUAAUUGCGGUUCCAAAGUGACCGCCAAUAAGCGCAUGGUUAUCGAGUCCACGUGCACAGGUCUGUCCUGCAAGACAAUCAAGGGAUAUAAUUGGACAUUGUACAUGCUCGACCCAUUUAGUGUCAACGAAACGUGGCUGGCGGUCACCGACUUGGAGGAUAGGAUUCUUACGGAACGAGACGGUCCAAGUCUGGUAUUCAAAGGAAAGUUAAACGAUUGGGAAAACUCGCUACUGGAUGACGCAACCUACAGACUGAUAGGCGCAGUUCACCUGGAUGACGACACCACGGAGGAGAGCGAGAUCACGUUCAAAACCAACUCUGCGCCGUAUCUUACUGAUUACGACAAAGGUUGCCGCGUAUCUCCUGAAGUGGGAUACGCAGUGACCACAGAAUUUUACGUCUACUGUGACGGAUGGGAUGAUGAAGAUUUGCCUCUAAGCUACGAGUUUAAAUAUCACACAAACACUGGCGGUGUUGUAAUGCAGAAGGGAUUAUCACCCAACGCUACGACCAGACUGCCUCUUGGGAAUCCACUGCACGGCUAUGCGAUAGCUUUGGAAAUUGAGAUCAUAGAUGCGCUUGGAGCUGGGACACUGGAUAUUCUGGUUGUUAUGGUUGAAGCAAUGCCAGCCGAGGACGUUUCUGGAACGUUGAUGAACAUUGCUAGUGGAGAGGAAAGCCCAUUGGGUAAUCUUCUUAAGUCAGGUGACGUGGAUAAAGCUGCUACAAUGGCGUACGCUGUGUUGUCCAUGGUGGAUACGAGUGAGGGCCAAAUGGACAGCAAUGACAAGAAAUCUCUGAAAGACACUAUAAUCAACCAGAUGUCCAAUGUUAAAGUUACGAGCCUUGAACAGGUCACUCAGAUGGCAGCGGUGGUCGCCUUGGCAACCGAGCAGAAGGACGAAAUAUCGCAGAAUUCACAGGAAAACGCCGUGAACCUUCUAGAAAACACAGCAGACUUUGUUUCAUCUCAGUUGAGCUCUGGCUCUACAGAUCCGGGAGUCCUACAAGACGUCGGCGCCAGUCUUCUACACGGCAUCUCCAACGUCAUAACUGCCGCUUCUACUGGUGCACAACAAGGCGAGGAGGAAGAAGAGGAGUCAGAUGAGAGUGAAGAUUCCGAAAAAGAAACGGAAAAAGAAAAGAAAAAAGCUGCAAAAGGACAGAGUAAGAAGACGGCCGAAAAGACUCUGAAGUUAAUGGAUAAGGUUGGCUCCAGCCUGUUAGGCACCAAAGCUGUUGGCGAGAAGCCGAGUGUGUUCAAGACCAAGUCCCUAGCCAUGAUGUUGGACAGACAAGUACCAUCAAAGAUUGGGGGCAAAAAACUCGGCGACGGGGAGGGUGACGGUGGUGUGGCACUACCAUCGGCCUCUACUUUGUUUGGAGACAAGGCCGGGAGUCUUCCUUCAGUAGACUCACAGAUGCUUGCGUUUCAAGACAAUCCUUACACCUGGGACACGAGCUCAAAAAACAUCAAGUCAUCAGUGAUCGAUUUCUCUUUGAAAACGGCUGACGGCAGUGCUUUGGAAGUCUCGGGUCUUCCAGACCCAGUGGAACUCUUCAUACCUCAGAAAGAAGACACCAAAGACAAAGGUAACGAGACGGCGACUGUAUACUUUGCCAAACCUAGCGACGGAUCAAACAACUUCCGCUAUCACAAAGUGGUGAUUCCUUCAGAGAGCUCUUCUAUGUUCAUUGAAGUGAGGCCGGAAGAGGGAGCGUCUCUGGAAGUGUAUGUCAGAUACAAAACAAAACCGACAGUUACAGAGCACAGCUUUAAUGUGAUUAUUCCCAAAAUUGAGUUCUGCAACCGAACCGAAACUAGCUUUAAUUGCAGCUCUAAAGCCUUCAUGUUCAGCAUAAGUAGCGCUCAAACUGGCCACGUGGGUGUUCACUAUGUCGGGAUCAGAUUCCCCGGACCUGAAAGUGAGGGAUCUCCGGAUUUGGAGGAGGAAGUUAAGACAGCAGCUAAUCGUGUAAGACGAGGGUGUGGAGGUCAAGGAGGCCGGCAGAAGCGCUCUUGUAUUGGUGUCAAGGAUCCACCAACCACCCCUCCCCCAACAGCUAAGAUAGUAAUACCGAAGUAUAACGCAAGCACGGACGUUAACUACACGAUGUCUGUGACUGCUACAAGUUGUUUGUACUGGUCUGAGACAAAGCAGGCGUGGACAGAUUAUGGCUGUAAGGUUGGGCCCAAGACGGGAGCCGGAAAUCUCCACUGUCUCUGCACUCAUCUUUCUGCAUUCGGUGGAGACUUGCUCGUUGCACCGAAUCCCAUUGAUUUUGACAAGGUCUGGGCUGAGUUUGGUAAUUUGGCAGAGAGUGGUAAUUUUGUUGUUCUUGCCACGGUUUGUUCCAUAUUUGGACUGUACUUUAUUGGCCUGGUAUUUGCUAGGAAAGCAGACAAAAAGGACGAAAUGAAGGUGGUAGCUAAUGUGUACUUGACUGAGAACACAGAGGGAGGCUACGUGUAUGAAAUCUCCGUUCAGACUGGAAUGUGGAAGGGCUAUGGAACAACUGCUAACAUUGGCUUGAUCAUCUAUGGAGAGCAAGGUGUCACCCCCUCCCUACCCCUGUCGGAUCCGGAAUUGAAUAAGAUAUUCUUUGCUCGUGGGAGUAUCAACAACUUUACUCUGUCUGUACCAGAGUCGCUGGGCAACUUGGUCAAGAUUAAGAUUUGGCAUGACAACAGUGGCAAGAGCCCCGCCUGGUUCUUCCAGCAAGUACAAAUUGUGGACAAACAAACUGGGGAAAAGUGGCAUUUUCUGGGCAAUCGCUGGCUGGCUGUGGAAAAAGGAACUGGCCAAAUAGAGGUCGAACUUCAAGUUGCUGAUAAAAGAGAACUUGCGGGAUUUAGAAAUCUAUUUUACUCCAGGACCGCGCGAAGCCUGGGCGAUGGUCAUUUGUGGCUCUCUGUGUUCACCAGGGCUCCGCAUAAUACAUUCACUCGUUGCCAGCGGUUAACGUGUUGCUUAUCAAUUUUGUUCGCCACUCUUGUAACAAACGCAAUGUUUUAUCAAUUCGACAAAGCACCAGCAGAUACUUUCCAAAUCGGGCCAAUCAAGUUGAGCUGGAUGCAAAUCAAGAUUGGAAUUCAAAGUAGCAUUAUUGCAAUUCCGGUUAACGUACUAGUUGUUAUGAUCUUUAAGAACAUUAAACACCCACUUCCGGAAGAUGCUCGAGGAACCGACGGGAAAGUGCCCGGUUGUCUUCCUCAUUUUUUCGUGUACGUAGGUUGGACAUUGUGUUUACUCACUUCCCUAGCAGCUGGUGCCUUCACCGUAUUCUACAGCUUAAUGUGGGGGGCGGAGACAUCAAACAGUUGGCUCACGUCAAUCAUGGUCUCUUUCUUUCAAGAUGUCGUAAUCACUCAACCCAUCAAGGUGAUAUUGAUUGCGUCCUUGCUGUCACUCAUCAUUAAAAAGCCUCCAGAGCAGGAGGAGGUAUUUGGUUCCUCCAUAUCUAGAAGUGGCGGGAAGGACAGCCACGUGGCGCCGCCGCAGGGCGAGGCGCUCAGAAAAGCGCGCGAAUUUCAGAAGAAAGUGUUAGAAAUGUUCAGAACUAUCAUCGAAAUGGGAUUUUUCUUUAUGUUUAUUGCUUUUCUGAUGGUCGUGUGCUACGGGAAUAGAAAGACGUCCCGGUUUACGUUGACCACCGAGCUAGAGAAUUUGUUUAACGGAUUCGAUAAGGUGAACAACCCAGCAGCGUUCUGGAAAUGGACAAACAAAAUACUAGUGCCUGGCCUGUAUGAUGUCACAUGGUAUAAUGGCGAGAAGUUCGAGUACAAGGAAGGUUUUAUUAGUAAUAGAGAGAAUUUCAUGGUGGGGAUGCCACGCCUUAGACAAGCUCGCAUUAGACCAGAAGAGAGAUGUGUGAUGGAACCGAACCAUCCGGAUUUGGCUCACCAGUUCCGCCGCUGCCUGUCUGUUUACGCGGACAAAAUAGCAGACUCGACCCCUUUCAAUCAACCAGGUUGGCUCCCUGUAGAGAACACAAGUAAAGCGCUGUCUAUGUUUGAUCUGUAUGACAUGUGUCCCAAGCCCUGGCGUUAUCGAACUGCAGAUAAUUUAACCACUCUCUCUGCGCAAGGACUGCAGAGCUCGUACGGUGGCGGUGGGUUCGUCGCCGACCUCGGCUACAACUCACGGUCUGCUCGGAAGGUCUUGGACACCUUGGAGAAAAAUAACUGGAUUAACGACUUGACAGCGGCGGUGUUCGUUGAGUUUACAGUCCACCAACCAGCAAGUGCUCUGUUUAGCGUUGUGAAAUACUUGUUUGAGCGUUUGCCGACAGGCGGAUACAACACCGCGACAAGUAUCAAAACCUUGACACUAUAUGCUUCGCCCGAUCCCACUUUUAAGUCGUUUUUCCAGCUCUGUCAGUUGUUGCUUAUGUUAAUUAUCCUGUUCUUUUUCUUCGCUGAAAUCGGAAAGAUUUAUCGUCAGAGAUGCGGGUAUUUCAAGCUCUUCUGGAACUGGAUGGAGCUGCUACAGAUCUUUGGUGCUGUCGCAGCUAUUGUGAUGUUCUUCUUCAAGGAAAUGUACACCAGUGAGUAUGUAAAACGCGUUCAGGAUAAUCCUUUUCAAACUUCCAGCACUGAUUAUAUUGUGUUGUGGUCCGAUCUCGAAAUUUACUUGCUGGCUUUUGUUAUUUUUAUUGUGACAAUGAAAUUCCUCAGACUUAUUCGAUUCAAUCGUCAUAUCUGUCAAAUGACUGCCACCAUACAAAGAUCUCUCAAUCACCUCCUGUCAUUCUUCUUGGUCUUCAUCGCAAUCAUCCUGGCUUACACUCAGCUCGGAGUUCUUGUUUUCGGAGCCAGCGUACCCGCGUACUCUUCCUUCUUUCAGUCUAUGCGAUCUGUCUGCCAGAUGGUCCUUGGAGGUGAAACGCACUUCCACGAGCUCAAGAAGACCAGUAGAAUUGUGGGACCUCUUUUUGUGUUCUGUUACAUGCUGAGCAUGUCCAUGAUCAUGCUGAACAUGUUCCUUGCCAUACUCAACGACUCGUAUGAAGAGGUCAAAGAAGUAGAGGGAGACAGUUUUGCGGAUGCGGAGCUCGGGGAGUUUAUGAAAACCUACUUCACCACGCGGGUCGGGUACCUUCGCAGUGAAUUCACAAUGUUCUUCAAGAAAAUGGUACAAUUUCGAGAAGCCAAGAAGAAGCCAAAAAUCGAAGACAUUGAAAGUUGCGUGAAAGUACCAGCGGAAAACAAUCAGGAUUUCUUUGUUGACGAUGGUAUCGAGUUAAAUGAAGACAACGCUAAGCUCGCUAAACUGGUCUCAAUGGAAGACCUAACUAAGAGUGAAGAAGAGUUGGCGAAUGGCUUGGACGAUGUCAAGCGUAGCUUAUCCGAUAUUGGAACAGAGCUACGUCGUUCAAUUUCGUUUGUUGGAUCCGAUUUCGACGACACAGUCGCACAAGAUGCCAACUAUAAUGAUCUCAAUAGAGGCUACAAGUGCUCGUGCGAGGACAACAGUUAUCCGCACUUCACUAACAUCUGGGAAAGACUAGACGAUCCCAGAGAUCACUAUCGCAGGAGAAGAACUCCAAACACGGAGCCUCUGUUAGCUGAUCCUUCAGAGGAUCAUCCUGACGAGGUGGACGUGGGGGUAGGGGGAAGAAACAGUAACUACGGCAACUAUCGGCCGUAUUUCACGAGCAUUUGGGAGAGACUUGUAGAUCCCAGCGAUCGAUUCCGAGCGAGAAGGAGGACACCAAACAUGGAAGCUCUUUUAGACCACCAUUUUCAGGAUCAUCUUGCGGAAGGUGAUCUGGGGGUGGGGGACGAGGGCGGAACGUUUGAAAGAGUACGGCUUGAAGAACAUUCUACACCUGAAGUGAUGUCGACCAGCACAACGAACAGCAAUUUACUUGAUGAUGUGCAAGAAAGUUUUGUGUAAAGUUCUAAAGAGAGAGCUUCUGGAAUACUGUCUGUUUCAUACAAUGAACGUCGGUAGCCCGGGUUUACAACCCUCGGAAUAACGCGAAAACUUUAACAGUUAAAUCAAAACAAAAUAAAAUUAGGAAUAAAAUAAAUCAAUUACAUGAUGGAAAAAAGAAAGGAAGGAUAAAAUCGCCGUGCAAAAUGUAAAUUAUUGCAAAAUGUAAACUUACGUUUAUUUGCUUUUGUAUGACUUUGGAAAACAAUCAAAAUGUCAGAGAGCCAUCCAAGAUGCUGAAAAAAUGGAAGGAAUUCGAAAUCAAAUCGUAUCCCUCGCAAGUGGUCCUGAUGACUAGUUGUAAAACUAGUUGUUUUUGCGUGUGCUGUUUGGCAGAUACUGAGGCGUUUGGACAAUUCAGGACUACCAAACAAAGUGAAUGCUUGUUUUCCGUAAGUCAUAUAAAAGCCACGCGCAAAUAAUCAGUGAGUAGCGAGCUGAAGAGGUAACAGGCACAGACUGUGCGUGACUGCUCUAAAUUAUCUUCAUAACUAACUUAAACUGAACUUUAAGAGAAGAAGUAACUUUAAAGAGUUUAAAGAAGACCAGAUAUAAAUAUAUUACCCUGAUCAGCAUACGAUUUAUUUAAGAUUAUACAUGUAUCAGUGAAAAAUAAUUUAUGUGGGCUUAAAAAAUAAAGUGACUAGUCACCAUA